CGAUCUACAUCGAAUCACUCCCGAAAGCGACAGGACAGGGCUGCUGAGCACCAUGGCCACCAAAGCCGCCACCAAACGACUCACCCGCGAGUAUCAAAACAUCCAAAAGAACCCACCUCCGUACAUCGUUGCACACCCGUCAGAGUCCAAUAUACUAGAAUGGCAUUACAUACUCACCGGUGCCCCCCAGACGCCUUACGAAAACGGCCAGUACUGGGGCACGUUAAUAUUCCCGCCAGAAUAUCCGUUUGCGCCUCCGGCGAUAAGAAUGCACACCCCCAGCGGACGCUUCAUGCCAUCCACCCGCCUGUGUCUCAGCAUAAGUGACUUUCACCCCAAGUCCUUCAACCCGGCAUGGGAGGUCUCGACGAUCCUUAUCGGGCUCAUGUCUUUUAUGAAUAGCGAGGAGAUGACGACGGGUAGCGUGAGUGCCUCCGAUGCCGAGCGCAAGUUAUUUGCAGCGAGGUCGAGGUGGUGGAACUCUACCGGCGGCGGCUCCUAUACAAAAGCCGUACCGGGCGUCACGUCGACGAUCAAGGGGAUCGCGAACAUUAAAGCCGGAGACGGAGGGAAGAAGUUUCGGGCAGAGUGGCCCGAGUUAGAUCAAGAGAAUUGGAAAUGGAUGAGGGACCGUCGGGUAGAUCCAGCUACGGGGCAGAUAUUACCCGAUCCCAACGAAGCAUUGCUAACCGAGAGCAGCAGUGCCUGCUCACCUGAGACGAAUGCCCUUCGACGGAGGCCUGGCGGGAGUGCCACAGGGUUAGGGGUGGUUGUGGAAGGUGGCCAGAGGGCGCGAGAUGCUGGGGAGAGUUGGUUUCGAAGAAAUAAAGUAUGGCUAUGCAUCGGCGUAGUGUUGGGAUACGCACUCCUGUCACGAUUGUUCGACGACAUCCGAGCGUGGUAA